UCACUGAAAUUUUCUUAUCACAAGCCACCAACUGGCAUCCAAAUUUCAAAUGUUUUUACUUGGAAACAAUAACGUAGUUGUAAAAAAAACUUUUCUAUAUAAAUAGUGCGUGGAUAACUUCAUUUUGCAAUACAACUUCAUUGGCUGUAGAGGGUCAACCAUGAGAUCAAUCGCCAUAAUUGUGACUUUUGCCUGUAUCCUGGCUUAUAUCGACCAAGCUCAAGGCGAAUGCUGUCGUAAAUCUUUAACUGUGAGCUAUUCUGUAGAUGGAGGCAAAUGUAAUGAUGUUCCUGGCGGUCGUAAUGUUAAUCAAGGAUGCACGAUCACAAUUUGUGCUCAUGGCAAGGCUCGGAGGGGAACCUACUGUGGAUAUGGAUCGUGCAAUAUCAUUGGAUGCGGCUGCAAAGAUGGUUGCAUUGAAGGACAAUGGCUGCAAAGUUUCUAUAAUAUCAACAGAGAUCACAGUAUCCAAGUGGCUAAUAUGAAGUGGAAUUUGUAAUCUAUAUAUAUAAAUAAAAGUCGUGUUAGUUACGGCUAUACCGAUAUGGCUAAGAAUUUGUGAGGAGGUAGCUUUGUGCCAGGAGAAGACCAUAGGAUACCUACCAAAAUCGUCUUACGUAGAUAUAUCAUUAAAAGAGUGGUGUUCAAAAUCGUCUUUCGGCAGAGCAUUUACUAAUUGUUUCG